UUCAAAUAAAAUCUCUCAAUUAAACACGUCAAUUAUCAAAAUUUCCACCAAUAUUUUAGACCAAUAUUAUUGCAUCUUUUGGCACAUCAAUUUAGCCAUAUGUUGCAUCAAAUUUCCAACUAAAGACAAAAUUAACACCCCAAAAUACUAAAACUUCUAUAGUACCAAAUCAAAAUUCACAACUUCUUCCUCAUUUCACAAUAACAAUGGCAUCUUCUUCUUCAAUCCUCCUCUUCCUUGUCUCACUCAUCACCGCCGUUGCCGCCAUUAAUGACAAUCUAUCAGCCUACGAAGCCUUGGAAACCUUCAAUUUUCCAAUGGGUAUUCUUCCAAAAGGUGCUUUAGGGUAUGAAUUGAACGAAAAAACAGGAAGUUUCAAGGCGUUUUUAAAUGGGAGUUGUAGUUUUUCAUUAGAAGGGUCUUAUCAGCUGAAAUAUAAGCCUACAAUUAGUGGGUUUAUCUCAAAAAACAAGCUUACUAAACUUACUGGGGUUAGUGUUAAGGUUUUCUUCGUUUGGUUGAAUAUUGUUGAAGUUAGAAGGGCUGAUGAUGAACUUGAGUUUUCUGUUGGAAUUGCUUCUGCUAAUUUCCCUAUUGAUAAUUUCGAGGAGUGCCCGCAAUGUGGGUGUGGAUUAGAUUGCGUCAAUCAUGUUGAAGAUGAUCAGGUUAGGGUGAUUAAUGAUGAUAUUAGGUCUUCUGUUUCUUCGAUUUGAGGGUUUUAAUUUGUGGGUUUGUUUUGUUUUGGGGUUAAUUUUAAUGGUUUUUUUUUUGCCUUUUGUUGUUGGAUCUUGCUGUGAUUAAGCAAGAAAGAUUUAAAUUAACCCUUGUUGUAUGUAAAUUUGGACAACGAGAAAUUAUGAUCAUAAAUCUGUUUUGCUUUAA